AUGACUCCCCCUCUCGCUAUAGUCCACGGCCCGACCGAGCCUGCCCUCUGGCACAAGACGCUGAGCGAGCUCAUCGACGAGCAAGCAGCUCAGUACGGCUCUAAGGAGGCGGUAGUUGUGCCGUGGCAGUCUGUCCGGCUCAGCUACAGUCAACUGGCGGACAGAAGCCGUGUGCUCGGCCAGGCCAUGCUCAAUAUGGGGUUGCGUCCAGGUGACUGCGUGGGCAUCAUGGCGGGCAACUGUUACCAAUACAUCGAAGUCUUUCUCGGCGGUGGUCGCAUUGGGUGUCCCGUGGUGGUCUUGAACAAUACUUAUACCCCGGGGGAAUUGACCAGAGCUGUUCACCAGAGCUCAUGCAAACUAGUCUUCAUCAGCUCGGCCAUCAGCAGCAGAAGCCUAUCAGACCACAUCCACGCUCUUCGAGGCAAAGAAUCACUGAAUUCAGAGCUUCCCGAGCUCCGUCGGAUUGUGCUGAUCGGAGACGGCAUCUCCAGCAGCCAAACGGGCAUCGACCUUCAGCCCUACGAUGUCUUUACUAGCACUGCCCAUCCCAACCCCGCCGAACAAGCUGCCAUCGCGCGCACCAUCUCCCCCGAGGACGUCCUCAACCUCCAAUUCACCUCCGGAACCACCGGCUCCCCUAAAGCUGCCAUGUUAACGCACACAAACCUCAUAAACGACGCCCGCUUCGUCGGCCAACGUUUAGCCCUCACGCCGAAGGAUAAAGUCCUUACCCCACCUCCCCUAUUCCACUGCUUUGGUCUAGUCCUUGGCUUUUUGUCCUCAUUUAUCCACGGCAGCACUAUAAUUCUUCCGUCCGCCAGCUUCUCUGCUCCUAGAUGUGUGGAGGCACUCCUUGCCGAACACGCAACGGUGAUCCUCGGCGUGCCAACCAUGUUCCUCGCCUUCUUGGAGGUACUCGCCAAAACCGGUACUACCCCAUCAUCCCUACGAGUCGCGCUCGGCGCCGGCUCUCCCGUCUCCCCGACGCUUGUAAGCCGUCUCCAGACGGAGAUGGGGAUCCCGAAUGUGCUGAUCGCGUACGGGAUGACGGAGACGAGUCCGGUGACGUUUAUGACGUGUCUGAGCGAUGAUGCUGAGAAAGGGCUCAAUACCGUCGGGCGAGUGUUGCCGCAUAUCUCGGCGAAGGUGGUGGAUCACACCGGUGCCGUGGUUGCACGGGGGGUGCGGGGGGAAUUGUGUACAGCGGGAUUUGCGGUGCAGAAGGGAUACUGGCAGAACGCCCAGAAGACAGCAGAGGUGAUGCGGAGGGAUGAGCAGGGGGUGCUGUGGAUGUGGACGGGGGAUGAGGUGGUGAUGGAUGCGGACGGGUUUGUGGCUGUUACCGGACGGAUCAAGGAUUUGAUUAUUCGGGGAGGAGAGAAUAUCUUCCCCCGUGAGAUCGAGGAGCGGUUGACGACGCAUCCUUCCAUCAGUGAGGCCAGUGUGGUCGGGAUCAAGGAUGAGCGGUAUGGGGAAGUGGUUGGGGCGUUUCUGAAGGGCCGUGCGAAAGUCAGUCACGAUGAACUCCGACACUAUGUGAGUCAGACGCUGGGGCGGCAUAAGGCGCCCCAGCAUAUCUUCUGGAUCGGCGAUGCUGGCGUCGGCGCGGAUUUCCCCAAGACCGGCAGUGGGAAACAUCAGAAACAUAUCCUGCGUGAGUUGGGGAAUCGCUUGGUGCGAACGAGGGAGGGAAACCGGGCGAGGUUGUAG